CCCGGCAAUCAGAACCUCGCGCCGCCGGAGAGAUGCCGACGCCGACAACCGACGCCGGAGAUACUCGAUCGGAAUUUCUCCGAGUUCUUCGGAGUAGACGAUCGGCGGAAGUUCCUUUGGAAGCUAAACCUUCAAAGCCGGUGGAGAUUCCUCUGUUUCAGGCUGAUGUUCCAUCUACGGAGGCAAUAGAGUCUUCUCCAAGGGCAGAUUUCAGUAAUUUGAAAGAGCUACUUAAAGAGGAAAACCUUCAUCUGAACACUGAGGCUGUAGAGCAAGGCAGCCUGCCAUUGCUUAUACUAAGCUUGAAAGAGAGCACUGAAGAAAGAAGGCCUGCUGUUGUGUUCAUGCACAGCACAAACUCGAACAAAGAAUGGUUGCGGCCAUGGCUCGAGGCGUAUGCUUCUCGGGGAUACAUAGCAAUUGGUCUAGACUCUCGCUAUCAUGGGGAGCGUGCAAAUUGCAAGACGGCAUAUCGAGAUGCUCUCAUUUCAUCAUGGAAAAAGGGCGAUACAAUGCCUUUUAUCUUCGAUACGGUAUGGGAUCUGAUCAAGCUGGCUGACUAUCUAACUCAGAGGGAAGAUAUAGAUCCUAAACGGAUAGGAAUCACCGGCAUAUCGCUCGGAGAAUGCAGGAAUGUGGCUGUCCCUUUAAUCGGUGUUCAGGGAUUUAGGUGGGCCAUAGACAAUAAUAUGUGGCAGGCAAGAGUGGACAGCAUAAAGCCUUUAUUUGAAGAAGCAAGGAUCGAUCUUGGAAAGAGUCAAAUCGACAAAGAAACAGUUGAGAAGGUCUGGGAAAGGAUAGCACCGGGGCUGGCCACGAAGUUGGACGCACCCUUCACAUUACCCUUCAUUGCCCCGCGUCCUCUGUACGUCCUCAAUGGCAAGUGUGAUCCUCGUUGCCCGGUCGAAGGAAUAGAAGUGCCACUUGAGAAGGCGAGAUCUGCAUACGAAGCUUGUGGUUUCCCCCACAAUUUCAAGUUCACGGCGGAAGAAGGAGUUGGGCACCAAGUGACAAAGUUCAUGAUCAAAGAAACGAGUGAUUGGUUCGAUAAGUUCCUCUGAAGCCUCAUCUGCUCUUCCACCCUAAUUCAUAUAUACGUGUUACUAUUGAACUGAACCCAGUGUUCCACCACCCUUUUGUCCCCAGCAUCGUGUUUGUAAAGAUGUAAUAAAUAAUAAUUUACCACCUCCCCCCUCCACAAAAGAAGAAGAAGAUAAUUGUAUUCUCUCCCCUUUGUUUUAUUCAACACUACAUAUUUAUGCAAUUUCCCACUGGCAUCGUAUUUGGUCAGUUUCA